AUGCUCUCUGGCCACGGCGCCGGAUACGAAGCCCGGCUUAGUGACGCCAAGGAAUUCAAGCAACUGAAAACCGAGCAGCUUCAGCAGCUGAUCUCUCAGGCGGCAAAGGAACAUCAGUACUACGCCAUUCGAAUGUACAAUCCAGAAAGCCCGAAAAGGGUGCUGCAGGCCUCGAUCCCAGCGAAGCUCCUAGCAGAUCACUUUGAGGAUUGGCACGACAUCCUCGAGGUCUCCGUGAGUGACGCUGGUAUCCCAGUAGGCUUGUCGUACAGAGUUCGCCACACCCUUGGCCUCAUGCUCUUCGACCACACCCAGGUGCACCUCUCGGAGCCCAGCAGGUUGGAGGGACCUCGCGUUGCUCCACCCGUCAGGGAUGGAGACGGAAACAUCAAGCCGGGCGGCGGCGAGCAGCAGCAGCCUUCCUUCCUGCGCAAGUACUGGUGGGUCAUUGCGAUUGCUGUCCUCCUGAUGUCCAGCAUGGGUGAUGACGGCCAGGGUGCCAAGGGCAAGGGCGGCGGUGCCGCCGGCGGCGGUGGCGGUGGUGGUGGCGGCGGCGGCGGUGGUCGACGUGGCUGA